CCGCAGCGCAGGCGGCAGUGGGGGCCUGACAGCGCGGCGGUGUGGACCGCGCGGCCGAAGAGCGCGGCGCCCAGAGCGCGGUCCGCUCGCGGAGCCACAGCCCGAGCCGGGUCCCAGUCGGAGCCGAGCCCCAGCCGAGCCGAGCCGGGCCCGGAGCGCCCGGUGCCCGCAGCCAUGCUGGCCGGCCGCGCCGCGCGCACCUGUGCGCUGCUCGCCCUCUGCCUCCUGGGCGCCGGGGCCCAGGAUUUCGGGCCGACGCGCUUCAUCUGCACCUCGGUGCCUGUGGACGCCGACAUGUGCGCCGCGUCCGUGGCCGCCGGCGGCGCCGAGGAGCUCCGGAGCAGCGUGCUGCAGCUCCGCGAGACCGUGCUGCAGCAGAAGGAGACCAUCCUGAGCCAGAAGGAGACCAUCCGCGAGCUGACCGCCAAGCUGGGCCGCUGCGAGAGCCAGAGCACGCUGGACCCCGGAGCCGGCGAGGCCCGGGCGGGCGGCGGCCGCAAGCAGCCCGGCUCGGGCAAGAACACCAUGGGCGACCUGUCCCGGACACCGGCCGCCGAGACGCUCAGCCAACUCGGGCAAACUUUGCAAUCGCUCAAAACCCGCCUGGAGAACCUCGAGUACAGCCGCCUCAAUUCCUCCAGCCAGACCAACAGCCUCAAGGAUCUGCUGCAGAGCAAGAUCGAUGAGCUGGAGAGGCAGGUGCUGUCCCGGGUGAACACCCUGGAGGAGGGCAAGGGGGGCCCCAGGAACGACACCGAGGAGAGGGCCAAGAUCGAGGCCGCCCUGACCUCCCUGCACCAGAGAAUCAGCGAGCUCGAAAAAGGUCAAAAAGACAACCGCCCUGGAGACAAGUUCCAGCUCACGUUCCCGCUGCGGACCAACUAUAUGUAUGCCAAGGUGAAGAAGAGCCUGCCAGAGAUGUACGCCUUCACUGUCUGCAUGUGGCUCAAGUCCAGCGCCGCGCCAGGGGUGGGCACGCCCUUCUCCUAUGCUGUGCCCGGCCAGGCCAACGAGCUGGUCCUCAUUGAGUGGGGCAACAACCCCAUGGAGAUCCUCAUCAAUGACAAGGUGGCCAAGCUGCCUUUUGUCAUCAACGAUGGCAAGUGGCACCACAUCUGCAUCACCUGGACCACCCGGGACGGGGUCUGGGAGGCCUACCAGGAUGGCACGCAGGGUGGCAGUGGCGAGAACUUGGCACCCUAUCACCCCAUCAAGCCCCAGGGCGUGCUGGUGCUGGGCCAGGAGCAGGACACUCUGGGUGGUGGAUUUGAUGCCACCCAGGCAUUUGUGGGUGAGCUGGCCCACUUCAACAUCUGGGACCGCAAGCUGACCCCCGGGGAGGUCUACAACCUGGCCACCUGCAGCACCAAGGCACUGUCCGGCAAUGUCAUCGCCUGGGCCGAGUCCCACAUUGAGAUCUACGGUGGAGCCACCAAGUGGACCUUCGAGGCCUGUCGCCAGAUCAACUGAGCGCGGCAGGCCAGGCUGAGCCCGCCCGCCCUCACCCCCUGCUUGUGCGGCGAUGAUCUGUUUCGUGCGUCUCUUCUCUCCCUUUUCCCUAGGAAUGAACCGAGGCCGUCGCCCCUGCACAUGCACACGCACACAGCCUGGUUUUGUCCUCAUGCACACGAAGCAGCCCCUGCUCCCAUCUGUCCCUGAGGAAGCCCCACUUCUCUGUAGGAGCCUGGACUCUCUCAGGCGGGCCCUGUUCACAGCUAAAGUGGGCGCUGCGACGUUUUGAACAAGGCAGAAGUAGGUGAGAGCAUCUGUGUGUGCGUGUCUACAUGUGUGUGUCUACAUGUGUGCGUGCGCGUGGCUGGGGGAGGCCUUUUCUUAGAGGACGUACUUCAUUUCCUUCUUUCUUUUGUCUUUGGAAAAAUCUCGUGAUGAAAACUCGUAUUUGCCAACUUUGUUAGCUGCGUGCGUGCCUUGGGGUUGCUGCCACCUCAGUACACGCAUUUGUCUUUGUUUGCAAACCUUUUUCAGAGCGACAUAUCUUUAUAUUGAUGUAAUAAAUGCCUUUUAGUGGGUUGUCAAAGGCCAGGGGCGGGGUCUCUCUACAGAGAACUUUUACUUUGUAAUAGAAGUGAAUUGUCUCUGAAGGGUGAAGGCGGGCUGUCCUGGGAUGUACCCUGUGCUCUCCCGUGGAGGAGAGCGGAUGGCUGAGGACACUGGCCCUUACCCCAGAGCCAGCCAGCAUCCAUCCCUGCUGUUUGCAUCUGAGAGCAGCACAGGGCCUGGGAGGCUGGCCUGAGUGCCCAGCUCAGCCUGCUCUGCCCCAGGAAGGCCUUGCCCUCGGCCUUCCCACCUGCUCAGAUCCUGCAAGGCUGGGGUCUGCCCCUUCCUUCUCACCUCUGGAGCUGUGCUACUUCAGCCCGGACAGCCCUGAGAGAGGAGCGUCCCACCCACAGCCCAGGAAGCCAGGCCCCAGGGCCCCUCUCCUUUGGCCUCUGGCAGUGCAGACCAAAGGAGACCUUUUAAGGAAAGAAGCCGUGUUUUGCUGAAGACCUGGCCUCAUGGGGCCACUGGGACUUCAACCCAGCCCGUUGGUGGGAAGGUCCUCUUCGAGGACCUUUGACAGCCAUAGCCCUCCCAGCACACCAGGCGCCAGGUGAGCUGGUUCAGACCCCUCCAAGGGUACUCCGGAGACCUCACACGUGGAGCCAGGCCUGGCCAGGGUGCGGGCCUGAAACCCACUCCUCCAUCUCACGGGGCUCACAGCCUACAGCAGCCUGCAAGCUGCCACUGGCCGGUGACACUGACACCUGAGCAGUGUCCAGAACUUUGCCUUUUUUGUUCCCCGUGAAAAGCAACAUGGACAUUUCCUUCUAGUCCUUCCAAGGAGGGGAGAGAAGUGUGUGUGUGUGUGUGUGUGUGUGUGUUGUGUGUGUGUGUGUGUGUUGUAUGUGUGUGUGUGUUGUGUGUGUGUGUGCACUGAGUGAGAAAGAGAGCAGGCUCGGGAGACCCUGCCCAGGGUAGGGGGAGCUUCCUGCUUUGCACCAUUUGGUGGUCGCACGCCCCGAGGGCACCCCGACUCUG